AUGGAGGUGGCUGUGGAGAAAGCGGCCGUGGCAGCGGCGGCGGCGGUAGCGGCGGCCGCGGCUGCGGCAGCGUCGGGGGCCCCGGCGGCCGCGGCCCCGAGCGGGGAGAAUGAGGCCGAGAGCCGGCAGGGCCCGGACUCGGAGCGCGGCGGGGAGGCGGCCCGCCUCAACCUGUUGGACACUUGCGCCGUCUGUCACCAGAACAUCCAGAGCCGGGCGCCCAAGCUGCUGCCCUGCCUGCACUCCUUCUGCCAGCGCUGCCUGCCCGCCCCCCAGCGCUACCUCAUGCUGCCCGCCCCGCUCCUGGGGGCCGCCGAGACGCCCCCCCCUGCCGCCACCGCCACCGCCGCGCCCCCCGGCUCCCCCAUCUCCCCCAUCUCCGCCACCCCUCCGUACAGCACCCAAGUUGGGGUCAUUCGUUGUCCAGUUUGCAGCCAAGAAUGUGCAGAGAGACAUAUUAUAGAUAAUUUUUUUGUAAAAGAUACUACAGAGGUGCCCAGCAGUACAGUAGAAAAGUCUAAUCAGGUUUGCACAAGCUGUGAAGACAAUGCAGAAGCAAAUGGUUUUUGCGUAGAGUGUGUUGAAUGGCUCUGCAAGACUUGUAUCAGAGCUCACCAGAGAGUAAAAUUCACAAAGGACCACACUGUCAGACAGAAGGAGGAAGUAUCUCCAGAAGCUGUUGGUGUGACCAGUCAGCGACCAGUAUUUUGCCCUUAUCAUAAAAAGGAGCAGCUGAAGCUCUAUUGUGAGACCUGUGAUAAACUGACGUGCCGAGACUGCCAGUUAUUAGAACAUAAAGAACAUAGAUAUCAGUUUAUUGAAGAAGCUUUUCAGAAUCAAAAAGUGAUCAUAGAUACAUUAAUUACUAAGCUAAUGGAAAAAACAAAAUACAUAAAGUUUACUGGAAAUCAAAUUCAAAACAGAAUAAUUGAAGUAAAUCAGAAUCAAAAGCAGGUGGAACAGGAUAUUAAAGUUGCUAUAUUUACUUUGAUGGUAGAAAUAAACAAAAAAGGGAAAGCUCUACUGCAUCAGCUUGAGAGCCUUGCAAAGGACCACCGCAUGAAACUGAUGCAGCAGCAGCAGGAAGUGGCAGGACUUUCCAAACAGUUGGAACAUGUCAUGCAUUUUUCCAAAUGGGCAGUUUCGAGUGGCAGCAGCACAGCUCUGCUUUAUAGCAAGCGCCUGAUCACAUAUCGAUUACGGCAUCUUCUUCGAGCCAGGUGUGAUGCUUCACCUGUGACCAAUAACACAAUUCAAUUUCACUGUGAUCCUAGCUUCUGGGCUCAAAAUAUUUUCAAUUUAGGUUCUUUAGUAAUCGAGGAUAAAGAGAGCCAGCCACAUUUGCCUAAGCAGAAUCCUGUGGUGGAACAGAAUUCACAGCCAUCAGGUGGUUUAUCUUCAAACCAAUUAUCCAAGUUUCCAACACAGAUCAGCCUAGCUCAAUUACGACUCCAACACAUGCAGCAACAGGUAAUGGCUCAGAGACAGCAGGUGCAACGGAGGCCAGCACCUGUGGGGUUACCAAACCCUAGAAUGCAGGGGCCCAUCCAGCAGCCUUCCAUCUCUCAUCAGCAGCCCCCUCCUCGCUUGAUAAACUUUCAAAAUCACAACCCCAAACCCAAUGGACCAGUUCUCCCUCCUCAUCCUCCUCAACUGAGAUAUCCUCCCAACCAGAAUAUACCACGGCAAGCAAUAAAACCCAAUCCACUACAGAUGGCAUUUUUGGCCCAGCAAGCCAUAAAACAGUGGCAGAUUAGCAGUGGACCAGCAUCAACUGUUCCUUCAACUGCCAGCAGUACCACAUCUACUCCUUCUAGUCCCACCAUUACUAGUGCAGCUGGAUAUGAUGCCAAGUCUUUUGGACCACCUAUGAUUGAUCUGAGUUCUCCAGUUGGGAGUUCCUAUAAUCUUCCUUCUCUUCCAGAUAUUGACUGUUCAAGUACUAUCAUGCUAGAUAAUCUUGCCAGGAAAGAUGCUAGUGUAGAGCACAGCCAACCAAGACCUCCUUCAAACAGAACAGUCCAAUCACCAAAUUCAUCUGUACCAUCUCCAGGCCUCCCAGGACCUGUAACUAUGACUAGUGUACACCCACCAAUCCGCUCACCUAGUGCCUCCAGUGUUGGAAGCAGAGGAAGCUCUGGCUCUUCCAGCAAACCAACAGGAGCAGAUUCUACACACAAAGUCCCAGUGGUUAUGUUGGAACCAAUAAGAAUCAAGCAGGAAAAUAGUGGCCCACAUGAGAAUUAUGAUUUUCCUAUUGUUGUAGUAAAGCAAGAAACAGAUGAAGAGCCUAGAUCUCAAAAUACCAACUUUCCAAGAAGCAUACUUACCUCGUUGCUCUUGGACAGUAACCAUAACACCACAUCUGAGGAAGGUGGUUUAAGAACAGAUGCUCCUGAUAGCACAGGGGAUAGACCUGGACUUCACACAAGCCCUUCAAAUGGCAAGUCUGGAUGGGGAGGUGCCUCGCAGAAGUCACCCCUUCAUGGUGGAGAAAGUAGGAAAGAAGAUGACCCCAAUGAAGAUUGGUGUGCAGUGUGUCAGAAUGGUGGAGAACUCAUUUGCUGUGAGAAAUGCCCUAAAGUGUUCCAUCUUACUUGUCAUGUGCCUACAUUGAUGAAAUUCCCAAGUGGAGAGUGGAUUUGUACUUUUUGUCGAGACUUAUCCAAACCAGAAGUUGAAUAUGAUUGUGAUGAUCCUGAUUACAACUCAGAAAAACGAAAAUCUGAAGGGCAUAUGGGAUUAACACCAAUAGAUCAAAGGAAGUGUGAACGACUGCUUUUGUUCCUUUACUGCCAUGAAAUGAGCUUGGCUUUUCAAGAUCCAGUUCCUUCUACAGUGCCUGAUUAUUACAAAAUAAUUAAAAAUCCUAUGGACUUGUCUACCAUCAAGAAGAAACUCCAAGUGGAUUCCCCAGUGUAUACAAAGCCUGAAGACUUUGUGGCUGAUUUCCGACUGAUUUUUGAAAAUUGUGCUGAAUUCAAUGAGCCUGAUUCUGAAGUAGCCAGUGCUGGCAUAAAACUUGAAAGCUAUUUUGAAGACCUUCUGAAAAACCUUUAUCCAGAAAAAAAAUUUCCAAAGCAGGAAUUCAAGAAUGAAACAGAGGAUACCAUAUUUAGUGAUGAUUCAGAUGAUGACUUUGUGCAACCACGGAAAAAGCGUCUCAAAAGCAUUGAUGACCGCCAACUGUUUAAAUAAGUGGCAUAGUAGCAAGGACUGGUUUGGACUUUUUUUGUUAACAUUUUUAAUUAGUGAUUAACAUAAUUGCAAGGAAAAGUCUAUGACCACUUUGAGUUUUAGGUUUUUGGAUGUUUGAUAGUGUUGAUUUCCUUAAUAUCCCUUUUCCCUUUCUCCCUCCCUGCCUGCCCCUCCCCCUCUCCCUUCCUCCUUCUCUCUCUCCUCUCCUCUUUCCUUCCUCUCUCCUCUCUCUCUCCCUCCCCCAUUAAGGAAAGGGGGAAAAAAAGCAUUGAAGAUUGAGAUAGACCUUUCUCUUUCUCAAAUCCUUAAACAGCAUCUGAAAGGAUAGCUGCAUGACUGUACUCUAAAGAAAGGAGAAAGCCUUUAUUUAGACUUAAAGUUGAAAACUUAAAUGUGGUUUCAACGUGUGAAUUAAUCCAUUUUCAGAAAAUGUGAUACCACUACCCAUUAUUCUUACCAAAGGCACGUGGCUGGCCAUUAUAAGUUUAUUCUACUGUACUUAACAGUAUGCCACGAAUAUGAUAUUAAAUGUCCUAGGAUACUGAUUGGUGCGAUUGAAGUGUAGGUAGAUGCCACUAAGGAAGUACCUGAUGGUCUGUCAUGUAAUAUGGAGAGUGUAUUAAAGAAAAAUCAGGAAAACAAAUGCUUGGAUUUAUUUUUUGGCUUGUCUGUGAAGAUGUUUUUAUGUAUCAGGUGUGUUUAGGCUACUAGCCAUUCAUUUCUGGAACUAGUGUCUUCUCUGUUACUGCCUCUAAGAAAGUAAGUGCAGAUGUGACUUGUUUUCACUCUUGAUAAAAGCCCUCAUCUUUACCACAUGGCUUUGGAUUGAAUUUUUUGAAAUACAGCCAUAUGUGCUGUAUGUGAUGUGAAGUUGCUUCACCAUACACUCUUGGGCAUUAAUGAACUUUAAAAAGAAUAAGUAGUUUCUGUGAUUUUCACUGUCUCGUGUUGUUUAGGAUGAAACUGUGUUUUGGAGUAAAAUCUUUUAGUGGAAUUUUUGUUAGAUGUUCUAUGGAGCAUUUGCUGUUCCCUGCCUUGGUUUUAAUAGUGUCAGAAAUCAUUAAUAAUGUCAUCUUAAACACUUAUUUAUGGUUCAACUUUGAUUAGAUUCCCCUUCCCAUCGUGCCUGAUAGAAACAAAAGGUUUUCUCCUGAUUUCAUAAUGGGUCAGGCUUAAAUGUACUCAGACUUUACUCCUUUUUGUUCAUUGUUUUCAAGGCUUGGGCAAAUUAUUGAAGGAAAAAAUGUAGAUUAGGGAAGAAGGAAUAAAAUAACCUAGCAUUAAUUUUUUAAUACAUUUGAAGAAAUGUUUGUUUUACACUGACAGAACUUUAGUGAAAUUUUCUUUGCUUGAGGUGUUAAUAAAACACGAGGGCUGAAGAUAGAAGAACUGUUAUAGAUUAUGCCACCUGUUGCGGAUAAAAACCUGGCCAGGGCACUUCAAAAACAUUGCCAUUUGAUGAUAUUGUGAAGCUAAUUAGUUGGGUCUUAAGGUGAGGCUGAGGGUGACACACACAGAGUAAAUUAACCAUAAGCAAUAGGUUCAUUCCCAUUUUCUGUACAGAGAUAGUUCUUGCUCCUAAAAUAUUACUACUGCUUUCCAUGUCAGUUUAUGUAGGAUCUUUUAGAGGUCUAGAACCUGGAUUGUAGACUUAAGAUAAAGUAAUGACUAUUAUGAGGUGUUUGUUAUGGUUUUGAGUUUUAAUUGUGGACAAAUUGAGGAAAGCUAUCUUUUAUAGUUGACAUUUUUUCAGCAGUCUCAGUCUGGGUAUGCAAUGGCAUUAUUAGCACAAAAGCUCUUGAGCUGUUCAUAAGUGUUUUGUCUGUUGGGCUACUAUUCUUGUCACAAUUUCGUACCCCAUAGACCUUCCCUACCCCUCCCUUGGGUUGGAAAAGAGCAACAUAGCUAGACUUUUGUAAGGAGGGCAACCAAAGGGAUAUAAAGCUUGAGCAGGGGGAGAAUGUAAUUUUCCAAAUAAAACUGAGCCAGAAUUCCUGCAAGUGUGUACAUACAUACCUCUUACUGUGGUAUUCAGUGCCAUACCAUUUUAUUUUUUUUUCAGUGCAAACUGUCAGGUUACCUGCUUUACCUCUGCUAUAUUUAAGCAUUUGAGAGAGAGAGAAAGCUCAUGUUCCUAUGGUUAAAGUGCUUUCCUCACAAGAGUAGGUAGUCUUAAGUGUUAUUACUCCAAUUUUACAGAUGAUGAAACUGAAGCUGAAAGGUUAAUUUGUCCAAGGUUACAUGGUUAGUAAGUGUCUGAACUACAACUUAAAUCUGGAUCUUCUGAUCCAGUAUUUCUACUAUACCACACUGCCUCUAAGUGUAUCUAUCUCUUAUAAGGCCACCUGGAACUUGGAUUGUUUCAGUAUUACAUUAUGUGAGAUCAUUUCUACGAUUUUCUGUAGCAUUUCUGAAUGCCCUAUAUAUCUUAAUUUCAAUUAAGCAUAUAAGCUCCUGCUACUAUGUGCUUGGGACUCAGGUUACAAAGUUAUAGUGAUACAGUCCUUAAAUUACCUCGUAUUGCGUGCUACCUUAUUAACAAGUCCCCCUGGUGCCUGGCUAUAUGCCUAGUCAUAAUGUUCCUGUACCCUUUUGGCAGAGAACAUUAAGAGGACCCUAGUCUUGCCACAUCUCUAGGAUGAAGAAAGGGCUGUAAAAAGUGUUCAUUGUGACUCAGGCUUUCCUGACCUAAACUUGUGAACUCCAGCUUCUACUUCUGUCUUGGAAACCCAUGAAGGGUUUCCUUUGGGAUUUGGUUGCAGGAGUCAGAGAUGGAAAUCUCACAACUACAGUAGCCCUGUUUAUAAACUCUAUUCUACCUUACUCUAGUAUCAUAGUUAUUGAAGACAGUAAAAAAUAGGCUGGCCCAACCUCAUGAACAAUUAUUAUGGACCCCAAGCAUUGUCCAACUUUGUAGCAGGGGAAGCCAGGUAUACAAGCAGUGACUUACAGAUAAGACCAUUUGGCCUAGUAUUCAUAAGCUGUUUCUUUUCAGAAUUUUCUUAAUGCAGCAGAACUUUAAAUAUAGUAACUUAUAUUACUGAAUUUAAACACUGGUAUUUGGUAAUGGAAUAGUCCUUCAAAAUUGAAUGGUAUUCUGUUCGUUUCCUUUGGUUAAUUAAUUUGGAAUUAGGUCAUCCUUUAGAUCAUUUCUAAAGGGAGCAAGGGUGCUAGUUUAUAGCACUUAAAUAAAUGCCAAGAAACAAACCUGAUAGUCUUCUCCCCUUGCUCUAUCAGUGGUACCCUCUUCUACCCGAAAGACUGGGUGGCGAUUGUACAACAGAACAGAAAUAGAGUAACCUAUGAAUACUUUCAAAAAAAGAGUAUGAGGUUGUCCCCACAGUCAAAAGGGUGAGUAAAAUUAUUCUGAUGAAUUUCAAAGUCUUAUUUUAUCAGCUUGAAUUUUCAAGUCAAAAUCCAUGAUAAAGCUAGUGGGAAAGGGAAGUAGGGGAAGGGUCUUCCUUUUUUUUCCAAGGCCUAGUCCACAAAUUAAUAUUAUGAAUUCAGAAAAAUAAGUCGCUGCAUGUGAUCAAAGGUUUAUAGGUUGAAACUGAAGGUUUAUUCAUUUUUUUGUAUGUGUCCUGCAUUCAUUAUAAAUGAGAGAAAUAGAGUGAUCUGAUUGGCUGUUUGAAUUAUAAGCAUCACCAUGAGUUCAACCACCCAAUUCCUGCUUAAAAAUUAACCCCUUUAAAAUAACCAUGUAAAUAUUUUUUAAACAUUUUAUAACAUUGUGUAAAUUUAUAUUUAAUGUCUUUUUACAAACUGAUUGCACCUAGCUUUCAUCUUUAUAACACUGGGUGUGAAAUUAAUGGACCAUAAUUCACAUACUGGUGGAUCUUGUUCCUGAGUAAUGCUAGCCAAUCAGAUUACUGAUUUCUCUCUUCAUGGAGGAAUCACUUUAUUGUGACGGACAUCUGAUACAGUAGUCUUUGUUACUGUUAUGUAUGGAAUGUUUUGUUUUUGGCAGACUGUGGUGCUUUGAUUUUAAUAAAAUAAACUUGAAUGAAUGUU